AUGUCUAAUCAAAGCUUAACUACUUUAUCAUAUCAACCACAAAUUAAUGACAACUUUGAAAAUCAUGAUGAAUUUGUUAAUAAAAUUAAAAGUUAUGCACAUAAUCUUGGUUUUACUAUUAGACUUGGAAAGUCCGAAUGUUAUAACAAAUCUGAAAAUGAAGAAAAGACUGUUCAAAAAAGAACAUUACUGUGUUCUCGAGCUAGUUUUGCUAAACCAAAAGAAUCUAACUCUAAUAAUAAAAUUUCAAAACAAGAACAAAAUCGAGUAUCUCAACACUGUGGUUGCUCUUUUUAUAUUUGUGCUUCUUUAAAUAACUUAAAGUUAUGGCAAAUUAUUAAUAUAGAUCUUACUCAUAAUCAUCUAAUGGUCGAAGAAAAUCAUAGAUUUUGUAUGUCUAAUAAGCAGAAUAUUCCUGAUAAUGUCAAACAGCGGAUAGAAUUAUUACGUCGAGCUGGUGUAGAUGUUCCAACAAUAUGUACAAUAUUAAAAGAAGAAUUUGGCGAUUAUGUUACAUGGAUGUAUGAUGAUCUUUAUAAUUUUAUUUAUCAUUUAGAAGAAUUAGGUUUAGAAAAAAGAGAAUUAGAUGCUGAAGAGUUUGUAAACAUAUUAGAUCAAUUUAAAUAUAAUGAUAUCAAAUUUUUUUAUUAUAUUGAUAUUAAUGAAGAUAUGAAAAGAUUGGAGCGAGCAAUAUGGAUGUUUUCUGAACAACGUAUUAAUUAUAGUAGAUUCAAUGAUAUAAUUGUUUACGAUAAUACUUACAAAACGAAUCAUUUUAAAAUACCAUUCGGUAUUUUUACUGGUAUAAAUAAUUAUGGAUAUAUUAAUCAACAUGCACUUGCAGUUAUUCUUACUGAUGACGAUCAUGCAAUAGCAAAUGCUUACUCUAAAGUUUUACAACCAUUAGGCACAAAACAUCGUUUAUGUCAAUGGCACUUAAUAAAAAAUAUAAUGAAAAACUUAAGCGCAAAGCUUAAUACAAGCUAG